AUCCCAAGUCAAUUCCACUCAAUGACUUCACUGCAAUUCCACUAAAAGCCCUAUACCGCCUUCCUCGAAGCACUGUUAAUGGCGGCUCCCUUUCUUCCUUCCUUCCUUCUUUCUUCUUCACACACGGUCCAGUCAAAUCUCUGACAACGUUUGCUCAAUUUUUCUUCAACGUCUCUCACAAGUAAACCCUGAAAAUCCAACUAAAUCUCCCUAAUUUCUUACUUUUCCUCUUCAAUUUCUCAACUCCCCCGACCCCCAACCCUGAAUCUCACUCAUGGAGCCGACUGUUCAGGCCUUACUUGCAGCCUCUGCUAGCUUCUUCAUUGUAACCCUAAUUUUUGCCUUAAUUUGUUUCCUUUGCAGAUUAACCACAAAGCCAAAUACCCAAACUCGAAGCCGAACCAUACCAGAACCCCGUAACGUUUCUUCUUCCAUAAACAUCGAUGAGAGCGCAACGUUCGAUCCUUCUCUUCAAAUCUCCAUGACUGAUCUCGUCGUCGCCACUCGUAACUUCGCCACCGACGGAAUCAUAGGCGACGGCAGCUUCGGUCUCGUCUACAAGGCUUGCCUCUCCGACGGAGCCACCGUCGCCGUCAAGAAGCUCAGCGAAGAUGCCUUUCAAGGACUCCGUGAAUUCCAUGCCGAGAUGGAAACCCUAGGUAAGAUCCGUCAUCCCAACCUCGUUAAGAUCCUUGGCUACUGCGUUUCCGGCACUGACCGGAUCUUAAUAUACGAGUUCAUCGAGAGGGGAAGCCUUGACCAAUGGCUUCAAGACACGUCACCUGUUGUGGGUGACGUGUCAUGGCCGUUACCUUGGGAAACGAGGACUAAGAUCAUUAAGGGUGUAGCUCUGGGCCUUUCAUUCCUACACGGUUUAGAAACCCCAAUUAUCCAUAGAGAUAUCAAGGCAAGUAAUGUGUUAUUGGACUUAGAAUUUGAGGCCCACAUAGCCGAUUUUGGAUUGGCUAGGAGGGUCAAGGCAUUACAUUCCCACGUGUCGACCCAAGUGGCCGGAACGAUGGGGUACAUGCCGCCGGAGUAUAAGGCCGGUGUCACUUUGGCGACACUCAAGGCGGAUGUGUACAGCUUUGGUAUUCUAAUGCUAGAGGUUGCGACGGGGCGGCGGCCGAAUUGGCCGGUGAAGAUGGACAAUGGGAGGGAAGUAGGGCUAAUUGAGUGGGCGGUGACGAUGGUUGCGGAAGACCGGCAAAUCGACAUGAUCGAUAAGAGUCUGUCUACAGAUGGGUUGAAGGAGGAUGAGAUUAGGGAGUUCCUAAGGAUUGCAUGUUUGUGUACUAGUGAGAUGUCAAGGGAGAGGCCUUCCAUGGAGGAGGUGGUGACAAUGUUGGAGUCACUUUGUGGCCAGUGUGAAGAGCACAAAGACAAGGAGGAGGUCCAAGACCAUUCUAUUAAUUAAUAUUGAUUCAACAACAAUUGCAGAAAAUGGCAAUUGAUGGCUUGGCUUUGAAUAGAGUUGAUUGGA